AUGGAGGAUAUGAAAACCCCUGUCCGGUUUUUCCACAAGUCCUCAUUCAGCAUCAGCAGCCUUUUACUGAGACGAGAGGGGGUGAUGAGUGACGAGCAGACUCCUUCCCCGUCCCCGAAGCAACGCGCCGGACCGCCGGAGAAAUCUAAAGUUUGUAGCCAGGAAGAAAACCACAGCUUUAAUGGCAAAAACUGUGACAAGACUGAGCAAUGCACUAAGGGGGAAAUGAAAGCAGUGUUGGCAAACUCUAAAAGAGAGGCAGAUAAAGGAGAAUCGAAGAAAGGAGGGGGAGCAGAGGAAAACGUUAAACCGGAGAAACCCCCUUUCAGCUACAACGCGCUUAUCAUGAUGGCUAUCCGGCAAAGUCCGGAACGACGGCUCACUCUCAACGGCAUCUAUGAGUUUAUCAUGGGCAAUUUUCCAUACUAUCGAGAGAACAGACAGGGGUGGCAAAACUCAAUCAGGCAUAACCUGAGUUUGAAUAAGUGCUUCGUUAAAGUGCCGCGCCACUAUGAUGACCCGGGGAAAGGCAACUACUGGAUGCUGGAUCCCUGCAGUGAGGAUGUCUUCAUAGGUGGCACAUCUGGGAAGCUCCGACGCAGAGCCCCGGCUAGCUCCAGGGCUAAGCUUGCACUAAAAAGAGGAGGAGGCCGCCUGAUGUCCUCCAGCACUGCGACCAGCGUGGCUUUGGCCGCCGCGGGCUCCUUUUACUGGCCGGUGCCGUCGUUCCUUCCUCUCCAAACGCCGGUGCGCACCCACCUUGGCACAGGAUCUUACCUCGGUCCCCAUCCCCACUUCUCCAACCACGCCACAUCGGUUGUUUCACAGCGCUCCCGGCACCACAUGGGUGCAACAAGCGCUGCAGAGGCCGACAGGUUCAUGCAGACACACCAGGAGAUGUCUUACAUUGGAGUAAGCUGCGCGCAAUCCCGUCGCCAUCAAAUACGCGCAGCUUGCACAGCGUUCUCCACAUCCAUCCCGUGCACCCUGCCUCUGUCCGACCCCUGCUCUUUUAACAUGCUCUCCGGACAAGCCAGCUACUUUUACUCGCACCAAAUACCCUGUCCAGCAACGUUUAACCCGUGCCAAGAGGAGUGCGCCGCGUCCAAGACCGCCUCGGGACACUUUCUAUCCAAGACGGGGCACUCAGACCUCGGGGGGUCCUGUAAUGACUUUCCAAAUUAUUACCCUCAAGUCAACUCAAGCCCUCCUCUGUCUUGGAAUAUAGAAAAAUAG